AAUAGAAAUUGCUAAAAUAUUUAUUUAGGAUGCUAUUUGGUUCCCAAAAAAAUUACAUAAUUAUUGUAAAACAAAAUUCGGUGUGACUUUUACAGACCAACUAGAAGAGCUUCCUGCACAGCGGGACAUAGACUGUGGCCCUAAAGCAUUGAGGGAGGGGAGGUUCACGGACUGUUUCAGGAACUUCCUUAAAUAAGCAGCCACCAAAGAGCCCGGAAGGCCGGUUCUGUGGGCGGAGCUGCAUCUGUCCACCAAUCAGGAGCUGAAAACUCAAACAGCGUCUCCGCCUCCCAGUUGCUACCCUAUUUUAAAAGCAGCGAGGCUCAGAACCGCUUCAUAUUUUCUCUGAGUUUAGAGAAAGUUUAAAGGAUGGCAAGAACCAAGCAGACCGCCAGGAAAUCCACCGGAGGCAAAGCCCCCAGGAAGCAGCUGGCCACCAAGGCCGCCCGCAAGAGCGCUCCGGCCACCGGCGGCGUCAAGAAACCCCACCGCUACAGGCCCGGUACCGUGGCUCUCCGGGAGAUCCGCCGCUACCAGAAAUCCACCGAGCUGCUGAUCCGCAAGCUGCCCUUCCAGCGGCUGGUCCGGGAGAUCGCCCAGGACUUUAAGACCGACCUGCGUUUCCAGAGCUCGGCCGUCAUGGCUCUGCAGGAGGCCAGCGAGGCCUACCUGGUGGGGCUCUUCGAGGACACCAACUUGUGCGCCAUCCACGCCAAGAGGGUCACCAUCAUGCCCAAAGACAUCCAGCUGGCCCGCCGCAUCCGCGGAGAGAGGGCGUAGAGGCCGCAGCAGCUCAGGCAAACACAACGGCUCUUUUAAGAGCCAAAACACGCACUCCCCUACUGAGCAAAAACCUCUUAUUCAAUCUUUCAUUAGGUGUGCUCGCCUAAAACCUAUUGUGAGUGAUUCUUGUCGAUGUGUUAGCAUUUUAGAGGCUGCAACAUAUUCAGAAAAAAUAUUUGCUAAAAGAUGGUCUUUUCAGACUCCUCGGUGUGAAAUUAUGUUCCUGGGGUUCAGUUCUGCCCUCGGUAUGGUACUUUUUUUCCUUAGAUUUUUUUUUCCCCUACACAUUUAAACACUACAGACUGGAAUGUCGAAUCAAACCUAUAUUUUAGGACGUAAAGACUCCUAGGGGCAUGCUAAUGAAAAAUUUGGCUCUGCUCCCAAUCUGUUUAUUCUGUAGUCUCAUAUUUUAGCUUAACUUGGCAAAUAUGAAUGUUAAGUAUAUUAAUAAAAACUUAAUUUAGUUUUGUUAAUGGCCAGCAAAGAAUCAGCUAACUGUGUUCCUUGAGUUAAAUGAAUGCCCAAAGUUGUAUAACUUUAAACCCAAUAAGGUCCAGACAAACCGAUGAAAUCAUUUUAAAAUCAGUUUAUUAUGUAAUCAGGUUCAACAUGUUAUUUCACUCCCUGGAACAAACAACAUCACAAUAAAAUCUCUAGCCAUUAAUCGAGCUGUGGUUGAAAAGCUCCCAAACAUGAAAGACCAUACUACGUCUCUAAAAAAAAAAUCAGAAUAUAUGGUUCUGCUUGUUAUUUCAUUGCAAACGGCUUCAAAGGUCACAAUUAAUUCCUGCUAGUUCUGCGUUCUUACAGAAACACAAGGUUUUUAUUACAAUCAUUUAAGUUUUCUAA